CAGAAACGUUGCCAUCCCAGCCACCUAUACCAGGAAGUGUGCCAUUGCGCAUUGAACACACACCAUGCAGAGGACCUGGCCUUGACCUAAGCUUGACUGAGCUGUGCGAUCAGUACCUACUAUCACCGUGCCGGGACAUCAUGCAUGUCUUUGAGGAGGACACGGAGAGAAGCAGUGGCGAGGAGAGGUUUGUCCCGAGAGUGAUUGCCGACUUCAGUUCCGACGACGAUAUGUUCCAUCCGAUAACCCCCUCGUCAUCGUCGUUCACGUCAUCCAUGGACGACGGCGGUUCCGUGCAGGUCGCUUCUGACGCUGAUAUUGUCUUCUUAUCAUCCACAGGUCGUUUAACCCGGCAGCGAGUCAAACUCGAGAGAAAUCGCUCACCUGGUUUGGAUAUGGAGACGACGCUGGGAAACCUGUCCGGCAUACAGUUAGCAGGUCCUGAGCCCGAACCCGAGCCAAGUCAUGACGAUGCCUUGCCUGCUCCUACUGAUGCCGUGCAGCCAGCAGAGCAUGGUUUUGCAGAUGUAAGCCCGUCAUCUGAUCAAGACUUCGCAACACUGUCGCGUGAGAUUAGCUCGCAUGCUCCUGUCCCUGAUGAGCUGUCACGAGCACUGGCAUCAUCCCCGCUCAGCAUCCUACCAAGUUUUGCAGGCAGUCCCGCCGUCGCACCCGCUGACAACACCGAUACGGGCAAAUGCACUGUGGGUGAAUCUGCCUGUGCUGAUGCUGACAUCACUGAUGCCAGUAAUGAUGUAACUUAUUCCAGGAAUGAUGUCAUUCCUCCAAGUCAUGAUGUCAACCUUCCGAGCAUCAGCGUGGCUGCUAAGGACAACUGCCAUGGCUCUGUUUCUCCUGGUGGUGAGGCCGCUGUUGGUACCACUAGUAUCAGUGAUACAAGACGCGACUCGGGCUCUGAGUCUCCUCGGCUGCAACAGUCAACGGCAGUAGCAGAUAAAUCAGUCAUAAGUACUCAAGCCGCAAGUCAAGCAACAGCUGAAUGCCCUGUGAUGACUAGAAAUCCUUCCCGUGAUCAUACCCAUCUCUCGUCUUCAGCUGACGGUCGCAAUUCUCUGCAUUGCAGCACAACGGAGACAUCAGCUGAUUGUGCCAAGACAAAAAUACGCCGCCGCAGUCGUGCUCCCACUGCAGACGACAGUGGCAGUGCAAGAAUGAACUCUGAUAUGGAUGCCGUGCCUGUACGCAGUAUCCCGUUGAUAUCUGGCGGUGUGGGUGGCUCGCUUGCUCAGGUGGCAUCGGACGCAGCUGACGAUCAGGCUGUUCAUGCCGUCAGCGUAUCAACUGCAUCUGAUUCUACUGCUCCGUCACGUCAGUCGGAAGAUGCUCACAAGCACACGGCCAGUGUCGUCGUAGCUUCGAAAGCCUGUGGCAGCAGUAGUACUCAGACUGGAAUGGAUUCUACUGACACUGACAGUCUGCCGUGGUGCUCCAGGCAAGUUCUCUCCGCCACACUGACCUCACUGGAAGAGCAAGCAGGAUUUCGCUGUGAGUUCUGUAAUGCGCAUGUUGGCAAGUGUCCCCAGCUCUACGGGCACUAUGUUGAACACCGGGCACACGCGGACUUCAGCAGCUGGUUGCUGGAACGCUAUAACAUCCAUGUAGCUAGUGCAUUUGACCAUGGUCAGAAGCCAGACAAGGAGGGCCAUGGGUCCGCGGCGCUCUUGUCAUCGUAUCCCGAUUGGAUGGCUCAAGGUUUGCUUCGUGUUGCACUCUCGCACCUGGGCGUGUGCUUCCAGUGUGCUGUGUGUGGAGAGCUGCACCACACGGCAGAUGAUCUGGUGGCUCACUUCCAGCAGCUGCAGACUGAUGACUGCCAUCUGGAUGCUGUGCACCAGGCCUUGAAGCGCAAACGUACUGACCAGCACCAAGGCAAAAGUCCCGGACAGACGCCAGCCUUCCAGGCACGCUGGAUCCGUGAAGAAAUGGCCACCCUGCUGAAAGCUCUCUGCAAGGUUGAGAAGGGAAAGUCCCCUCGCAAGAAGCAUGGCCGCAUUCGACAGAGGCAGGCCAGAUCAGAGUGUGUGUUCAUGCGCGGUGGCUUGGUACACUUGACGCGUAGCAACAGCAGCAGCAACAGCUCUGAUAUGUUGACAGGGAAUGGGUCUACAUCAGAUCUGCCACAGACAAGCCAGUCAACUAACCUCUGUGCCCGGGAUGCUAUCAAAGAUGCAGAGGGAUGCAAGUCGAGACGUCCCUAUGCACCCGCCCCGCAGAAGUAUUCUGCCGCCCAGCAAGAUGCCACCACGCCUAACGAAACACAAAAUGAAUCUAUUCACGAUCCGGUUAAUGGGCCAGUGCGCACCCAAGUUAUGACCGAUAGAGGAUUGUCCCAGCCUGAAUCAGCCAGAAUGCCACCAUUGCUGAAAGGUGGAAUAGUAUGCAUGGAAGCGGAGCUGAUGAGCAACUGUGAUUUGCCUACGAAGCGCAACUCGAACAAAAAUUCGUGUUCAGUCAGCCCAAAGGCAUGCCUCACCUCAAACACGGUUGCAUCUAGUCCUAAGGUCUCGAAAGCCGACAACAACUUCCCAUCUAAGAGUAGCGCUGGUUCUCCUGACCCUGUGCAGACACACGUCUGUUUAGACGCCGAGGUUGGACCCUGCUCAGAGUCAGGUAUGAGAUGCAGUGCAGCACUCACAGCAGUCGUGGCAGAUACCCAGCCGCCAACUUGUGUUGCGUCUUCCAAUCCUCAACCUGUUUCUCUUGGUCUUGCUAAUGCCAGUAAUGGCUCCCACAAGGACACCGCAGAUGAUUUAGAUGUAAGCAUGGCCGAGUCUGACUCAUCCGAAUGUUCUCCACUGGAAACACCGCAGGGAAACAUAGAUGCCGGUAUGCUGCCAGACACUCCAGGCCAAGACUUUGCCACCUCUCCCUCACUGGCCAACGCUAUCACCAAGAGCAACACAGCCACAAUAGCCGACAGUGGCAGCGACGCAAAAGACACCACCGAGGACGAACUGCCAUCGUUUCUCAAACUCCGGCCGGUUUGUCCGGUGUGCUCCAAGCAAUUCUCAACCGCCAGCAAGUUCUACAGGCAUAUAUGCCGUGCUGGUCCGAAGCAGGAUGGCCAUGAUCGAUGGCUUCUUGAAGAGUAUGAAGUGGACCUAUUUGACGACUGCAUUCUGCCAAAGACCUACCGGUCGGUCUGCAGCUGGAGGGACCUGCCCAGUUUUAUCGUCAAGUGCCUGGAAAAGCAGGAGGAGCGCUCUCAGCAGGCUGGAGCAACUGUUUGCGAUGAAGUGAGUGCAGCUUCGUCUCAGAGGAAGAGGAAACGCGGUGGCAGCAAAUCCAGUAAACAUCAUUUGACCAGCUCCAGCACAUCACCUGCAACCUUGAAUGCGGUGGGGGCUGAGAAGAAGAAGAAAAGGCCAAGGUCACCGGCCACUCUCGGCACACCACAGCCAUCACCACCACCACCACCGUCGCCAAAGCUGCAUCUCGGGACACCAGCCGACCGUGACGAUGCUGCACUGGCCACAGAUCACUGCCGACAUGCUGGGUCCGCAGCAUGCUGCUCACCGGAGCUAGCCACACAGGCCGAUCCACACGUUCUUGCUCUUCUGCCGCCGCUCAUCAAGAAAUCGGUGGAUGAAAUAGCAGCUAGCUGGCCGAUUAACAACGGCAUGUCAAGCAACAGUCAACAGGACAUUGAUAGUGUAAACAAGCCGAUGCCGACUGAAACACCGAGGGAGCAUGAUGUAGGUUUGUGUGCUAGCAAUGAUGACGGUGACGACGGUGAUGAUGGUGAUGACGAUGGCAAAGGGAGCAGCUUAGCAGAUGGCCCGUGCAUCACCUCGGAUAGCCUACCCGAACAGGCUGAAGUCACGUCAGUGUGUAGCGCCACUGACAAUCUGGUGCCAUCUCUGCCAUCGACACCUCCGAUGCUGCUGGCGGAUUUCUUCUCCUUGAUUCAAGAAACCACCGAUGGCACUGGCAUCAAUGUUGCCUGGAGCGGCACAGCCUUCCACGACGCAAAGACGUGUGUCGACACGACACACCUAACCAAGGUCAUUGUGAUUGACGUCAGCCAGUCUAUUCCGGUCUCUUCCUGGGCAUCUGAGACCCUGUUUCUCCCGUCCGUACUAGUCUGGCUACUCCACAAACCAGAUGCCAGUUUUGAACUUCCUAUUAUCAGGUCUGGCAUCCUGCGCCAUGCGAAAGAGCACCGUCUUGCCCUGGAGGAAUCUCACAACAUCAUCUUUACAAUCUUCAACCUGCACCAGCUGAUAUCCGCUGCUGUGCCCUUCUUCAUAGCACUCAGUGGCCAUGAUGCUAUCUCCUCUCUGGUUGCUAGUGGGUGCCUGGCAUCGCGUUCCAUCACAGUCGUGUCCAGCCAUGAGUUCACGAAUCCAUGAAGACGUAUGUGUGCUGCUGCAUGGGACGGAAUUCACCCGUGAGGUCUUGAUGCUGGCUGAGGAGAAGUGCAACUUCACCGUCUCGCUGCUGGUAUGGAUGUCUUGCAUGGCGUGUAGCUUGUAUUGGCAGUCUCUAAUCGUCCGGACCAGACACAUGUUGGUCUCAGUGUAUAGUAUUAUACGCGUCACAGUCAGUUAGUGGCGGAUAUGCUGCUAAUAAGGCGAUGUGUGGGCAAUCCACUCAUCUGCACUUCGUCCUUUCCCGGCAUGGCUGUAGCAUCCCCUGACGCCAUGCUCGAUGUUUGGUCUGCAGAGAGCUACGAGCUGGAGACUGAACUGCAUGCUCCACGUGUGCAGAUAGAGCUGGUGUGACUCUGUCUCUUCCCUGGACUGAGCAUGCAGGUGGCCCUUUGCCAUACAUCAUGUUUUAUCCCGGUACAUAGGCUGGUUGCAUGCCCAGCGGCACAACAACUAUGCCAUCUCUUUGGAUGGCCAAAGAAAUAUUUUCAUUCUCUCGAAUAAGUUUUAUGCUCGUGCAUUUACGUAAAUUAUACAUUAUCGCUGCAACUGUUUGGUUUUUGCAGCAUCAGAAUUAUGCACCCAUAGAGCCUGUACUGCACAAAUCACCCAGACACCAUCGACCACACACAUUAGAGUCAUCGUCAUCAUCACUUUUAUUCUCUUUGGAGACUUCUUGAGGCUGUUUUCAAGGAUAUCCUUUGUUGAUUUGCGUCAAUGAGUCGGUAGCUGAAACCGAUUUCCUCUC